GCAAGUGUGUCAUGAAAUUGCCAUUCGUUUCUGCUCUAUAUACAUACCUGGUCAGACAGCACGUACAUAAUUCCAAAUAUACAUAUAUCCAAAAAUACCUGGUGCGAGUGUUUGGUUCUGACUCUGCAAAUUUUUCAGGCUCAAGAUGUCCCUGUGGUCGCAGCUGAAGCCUCUGGAAUUCUGUCGAACGGUCUACAGUGACCACAACUCCUGGUCAUUCGUCAAGUGUUCGGUGGCCUUUUGUGCCGGUGUGCUUCUGAUUCGUAGCCUGGAAGGUAAAUUGCCUGAAGUCGGCUUGGUUCCCAAUAUUUAGGCCUAGAACUUGAGUGAGAUUGUGGUGACGAUGUUGGUUUACCCACCAAAUUAAAGCUAACGAAGAAGAUGGUCUGAAGGGAGGAAUGAGGGUGAUCUAGGCUUUUGGAUUCGCUAAGUCAUUUAUGGUUUGUUUGUGGAAUUAAAGCAACUUAAGAAUUUAAAAAAAUGUUUAUAAAACAACUA